AUUAAAAAAUAAUACUUACCAUCUUUCUUAGAAGCUAUGAAUAACUUGUAUUUUGAUCGAAAUCAAUCAAUUUAAAAACGAAACACGUGAAAACAUUACGUUCUGUUGGUUGGGCUGAAAAGGGGUUGGGUUCAGCCGGUUCAAUUUCAACGGCGUGGGGCGUGUUCCGAAGUUCACUGAUAAGGAAGACGACCCAGUUAUUUGUGUCUCUUUUCAACACACGAACUCUGAUUGAAUCGAACGAAGAAUCUAUCAACGAGUUUGACCGAAUUUAGAACGCAUCUUGUGAAAGAAUCAUCGCGAUGUUUUUUACACAUACGUCUGCAUUCCUGCAACGAAUUAAAUUCCCAGAUUGAAUUUACGCUCUCUGGUGCAACUCAUAGAAAUCAACAUCUCGAUAUUGUAUAUGAUCACCAAAUGCAGUGUGACGAAAUUUUCAUAAUAAGAUUAAACACAUUGAAUCAUAUGCACGAUGGUUGUUUGUAAAUAUUAUCUACAAGGGAAUUGUCGAUUUGGACAGUAUUGUCAAUUUGAUCAUAUAAAUUUUGUAGGAAAUAAUACCAAAGCUGAUUCUUACAAUGAUGACGAAUAUUUGGCGGUAUUGGUUGCGAAAGAAAUACUUAUCGCGGAAAAAGGAGGACAAUGGUUAUUAUCAUGUUUUGCACCGAUUAAAGAAAAACCAUGCAUUCCUGGCAUGGAAGACUUGUCACCAGAAGAAGUACGAUGGGAAAUGUAUAAAGCCCAAAGCUCUGGAAUGGUAGAGCAAGCAAAAUUACAUUUUCAACAAUUAUGUAGAGAUAUGAAAGCAAAAAGGGAAGCUUUUAAAAAUCCUACCCGUGAAACAUUAACCAAACUUAAAGAAAUUUUAGGAACAGGUCAUAAAAAUACCAGGAAUGAUAAUACAUCUGGAAAAUCCUCCAGUUUUGCUUUUGCAACUCCUCAACUUGGACAUCCAAGCAGUACUCCAUCCUCUUCUGUAUUUGGAAACAAAACAUUUGGAAGUCAAAACAAUCCAUUUAGUGGAGGUUUCACUUCCACCAGUAAUACAUCAAUCUUUGGGAAAACAACCACGACUUCAAAUCCUGUAUUUGGACAAAACACGCAGACUUUUGGCUCAUCUGGUUCAAUUUUCGGUGGCGGAGCUUCCCAGCCCGUUUUUGGGCAGCCCAGCAUAUUUGGAACAUCCAAUCAAGUGAACAAUGUUUUCGCCAGGCAAACAUCUCAGGCAUCCACAUCGGUAUUCAAUAGUGGAGCAACUUCUUCUUCCUCUCUAUUCAAUAGCACUUCCUCUCAAUCUAAUGCUUCUAUAUUCACUGGAGCUAAAACCUCUACUGCUAAUCCGUUUGGCGGUUCCUCAAAUUUACAGACUACCAACUCCAUGUUUGGAGUUACUCCAUCCUCAAGAACUUUUAGUUCGGGAAUAUUCUCACAAUCUGAAACACCUGCUUUUGGAGGAGCACCAGUUUUUGGCGGUUCGGCAACCUUUGGAAAUAAUUCUGGUUCUAUAUUCGGCGAGAAACCGACAUUUGGAAGUUCUGGCGGUAUAUUUGGUGGAUCCAAUACUACAACACCCGCUUUUAGUACCGCACAACCUACAAAUGCUUUUGGCAUUACCACUUCUACACCUUCUGUGAACAUGUUCGGAAAUACUCAGGGUACUACACCCGCCAUUUCCACUUCUACUGCAUCACCAUUUGGCAUAACGCCUUCGACGACUGCUAGUCCCUUUGCUACCGCGACCUCACAAUUUGAAACAAAUAGUACGGCAGCUUUCUCAAAGUCUACAUUCGGAAUAACUACGGGAACUGCCAGUGAAACUUUUCCUACAGCAGCUACAUCUUCUAGUACAACAUUUGGUACUCUAAAUACCGGAGUUACUUUCGGAACACCUAGUACUACUACUCCAUUCACAUCAUCUACAUUUGGUGAUAUGAGCAAUUCACCGUUUGGUUCCACAAAUGUUACAAGUACAACUACAACCACGAAUACCUUUACAUCACAACAAAUUACUUCGCCAUUUGGUACUUUCGCGCAAAGUCAAACUUCUAAUAGCGUGACGGCAUCUACAAACGAACCAUUUGGAAAACCAUCUUUCACUGCAACGUUGACAGCAAUUGUUAUUGAUGACAGCGUUUAUUCGUUAGAUAAUCAAUUAACAGCUGAGGAAAAGAGUAUGUUCUUGGCAGAGAAAUUUAGUUUCGGAAAAAUUCCAUUGAAACCACCUACAAAAGACAUUAGGUAAUAAAACAAAGAGGUUGGUUUAAUGGGGAAUAUGUGCUGUGAUAUUUGUUUCCUGUAUUCAUGUACAAUUAAGAUAGAAAGAUUGCAAAGGAUUGUAGUAAUAAAUAAUAUAUAUUUGCCAACAAUGUUCCAAUUUUUAUAAGAUUCAAUGAAAUGCUCGUUUAGCAAAUGAAACGCGAAAAACUAAACGACAUUUCUAAAUUGUAAUGAAAUAUGUAAUAAAGUAUAGAAUUUGCAUCCUUAUAAU